GAAGUAUCGCGAGACAAUAGAGUUUUCCCGCGAAGGAGAAGCGCGCGUUUUUCCCGGGCUGGGUGUUGGGAGAGAAGGCUGGGUCUGCAGCUGCUGUGGGGGAUUAGCGCUUGGCUUAGCUGGCGCGGAGAGGCGAGCGCGAGGUUCCCCGAGAGCGUCCAGAGCCAUGCCGGCGGAGCAGCCCGCGAGCAGCGGCGGGCCCCCGGUUCCCGGAAUGGUUGAACAGGAGGAGACUGCUGUGAUUACCCCAGCCAUGCUGGAGGAGGAGACGCAGCUCGAGGCUGCGGGACUGGAGAGGGAGCGCAAGAUGAUGGAGAAGGCUCGCAUGUCGUGGGACAGAGAGUCCACAGAAAUUCGCUACCGUAGACUUCAACAUUUGCUUGAAAAAAGUAAUAUCUACUCCAAAUUCUUGUUGACUAAAAUGGAGCAGCAGCAGUUAGAGGAACAGAAGAAGAAAGAAAAAUUGGAGAGAAAAAAGGAAUCUUUAAAAGUUACAAAGGGAAAAAAAUUAGUUGGUGGAAGUGGAGAGAAUGCAGCCAUGAAAAAGAAAAGAGGAAGAGAAGAAGAAUCAUAUAAUAUUUCAGAGGUCAUGACAAAAGAGGAAAUUCUGUCUGUGGCUAAAAAAAAUAAAAAGGAAAAAGAGGAUGAAAGUUCCUCCUCUGCUAAUCUCUGUGUAGAAGAUCUUCAGAAAAAUAAAGAUUCAAAUAGUAUGAUUAAAGAUAGAUUGUCUCAGACAGUUAGGCAGAAUGCUAAAUUCUUUUUUGACCCAGUUCGGAAAUGUAAUGGACAGCCAGUGCCCUUUCAACAACCAAAGUACUUUACAGGAGGAGUGAUGCGAUGGUACCAAGUAGAAGGCAUGGAAUGGCUUAGGAUGCUUUGGGAAAAUGGAAUUAAUGGCAUUUUAGCAGAUGAAAUGGGCCUCGGAAAGACAGUUCAGUGCAUUGCUACAAUUGCAUUGAUGAUUCAGAGAGGAGUGCCUGGACCUUUUCUUGUUUGUGGCCCUUUGUCUACACUUCCUAACUGGAUGGCCGAAUUCAAAAGGUUUACACCAGAAAUUCCGACAAUGUUAUAUCAUGGAACUCAGGAAGAACGUCAAAAAUUGGUAAGGAAUAUUCACAAAAGGAAAGGGACACUGCAGAUUCAUCCUGUGGUAAUUACAUCAUUUGAAAUAGCCAUGAGAGACCGAAAUGCAUUACAGCAUUGUUAUUGGAAAUACUUAAUAGUAGAUGAAGGACACAGGAUUAAGAAUAUGAAAUGCCGUCUAAUCAGGGAGUUAAAACGGUUCAAUGCUGAUAACAAACUUCUUUUGACUGGUACUCCCUUACAAAACAAUUUAUCAGAACUUUGGUCAUUGCUAAACUUUUUGUUGCCAGAUGUAUUUGAUGACUUGAAAAGCUUUGAGUCUUGGUUUGACAUCACUAGUCUUUCUGAAACUGCUGAAGACAUUAUAGCCAAAGAAAGAGAGCAGAAUGUAUUGCAUAUGCUGCACCAGAUUCUGACUCCUUUUUUACUAAGAAGACUAAAAUCUGAUGUUGCUCUUGAAGUUCCUCCUAAACGAGAAGUAGUUGUUUAUGCACCGCUUUCGAAGAAACAAGAAGUCUUUUACACAGCAAUUGUGAAUCGUACAAUUGCAAAUAUGUUUGGAACCAGUGAGAAAGAAACAGUUGAACUAAGUCCUACUGGACGACCAAAACGGCGAACUAGAAAAUCAAUAAAUUACAGCAAGAUAGAUAACUUUCCUAAUGAAUUGGAAAAACUGAUCAGUCAAAUACAGCCAGAGGUGGACAGAGAAAGAACUGUGGUGGAAGUGAAUAGCCCUAUAGAAUCUGAAGUUAAUCUGAAGCUGCAGAAUAUAAUGAUGCUACUUCGUAAAUGCUGUAAUCAUCCAUAUCUGAUUGAAUAUCCUAUAGAUCCUGUUACACAAGAGUUUAAGAUUGAUGAAGAAUUAGUAACAAAUUCUGGGAAAUUCUUAAUUUUGGAUCGAAUGUUGCCAGAACUGAAAAAAAGAGGUCACAAGGUGCUGCUUUUUUCACAAAUGACAAGAAUGUUGGACAUUCUGAUGGAUUACUGCCAUCUUAGAAAUUUCAACUUUAGCAGGCUUGAUGGGUCCAUGUCUUAUUCCGAGAGAGAAGAAAAUAUGCACAGUUUCAACACAGAUCCAGAUGUGUUUAUCUUCUUAGUGAGUACACGAGCUGGUGGCCUGGGCAUUAAUUUGACUGCAGCAGAUACAGUUAUCAUUUAUGAUAGUGAUUGGAACCCCCAGUCUGAUCUUCAGGCCCAGGAUCGAUGUCAUAGAAUUGGUCAGACAAAGCCAGUUGUUGUAUAUCGCCUUGUUACAGCAAAUACUAUUGACCAGAAAAUUGUGGAAAGAGCAGCUGCUAAAAGAAAACUGGAAAAGUUGAUCAUUCACAAAAAUCAUUUCAAAGGUGGUCAGUCUGGAUUAAAUCAAUCUAAGAAUUUCUUAGAUCCUAAGGAAUUAAAGGAGUUAUUAAAAUCUAGAGAUUAUGAAAGGGAAGUCAAAGGAUCAAGAGAAAAGGUCAUUAGUGAUAAAGAUCUUGAGUUGUUGUUAGAUCGAAGUGAUCUCAUUGAUCAAAUGAAGGCCUCAGGACCGAUUAAAGAGAAGACAGGGAUAUUCAAGAUACUAGAAAAUUCUGAAGAUUCCAGUCCUGAAUGUUUGUUUUAAAUUGAAGCUAAAGAAUGACUUUUAAAAGUUCUUGUUUACAGUUAGUAAUUUACUUAUUGGUUUGGAAAUUCAAAUUGUCUACUAUUUUGUUUUUAUUAUAUCAUUUUACAUAAUGUAACUAGCACCAUUGCAUACAUAAUAGAUUAUAAUUUUCUGACCCUUUCUAAGAAGGAAAUGCAUAUUAAGUUUAAAUUUUCAGUUAAUAUUUGAGACUGGGUAGUACUCAUGAGCAUGGUCUGAUUGUACUUCACCAUUGCCAGAUUUAUACAGUCUUCCUGUGGAAGUUUAGUAAACAUAUCUUCCCCCCCCCCUUUCUUUUAGCAAUAUGGUUCAUAGGUUUUGGGUACUUCAGUUAUGGAGUAGUAGGCUUUGGUGGGGGUGAGAUUCGGAUUAUGCUUUCUAUUCUUGAAGUAACACAUUGUUUGAUUUUAGAAUCUAUAAGAUAGUUUGUCAAUAAAUGUUCGUUAUAAGAUGAUCUCAUUAAAUUAUUUUGUCAGGAAAGUAAUAGUCCAGGUUAAAUAAUAACAAAAGACAAUGUGUAUUGGGAUUCAACAUUUUUGUGCUUAUUCAGUUUUAUUCACUGGUACUACAAGAAUAUAUGGUAUAAAAGGUUUUAACUCAAAAUUGAGUUAACCCAGAAAAUGUUGUGGAAGAAACUGUAGUAGGGUCUUGUCAUAAGACAAGAAAUUGCAAAUAGUAUGUUAUACAGGACAAGAAAAAUGCUGAGAACUUAUGGGAGGGAGGGUAAAUUGAACUAGAGAGACGGAAGCAAGAUUCUGGAAUCUAACCUAAAAUCCAUAAGAGGAGAAUAAAGGCCAAAAAGGGAAGAAUUUAGGCCUUGCAUGAAAGGAUAAUCACAACAUGAAGAAGAGAAAUUUUGAAUAUACCCUGGGAGAGAGGAGGUGCUCCUUGACCCACAGGUUUUUCUAUACUGGUUGUUAAGGUUUCAGGGAAAAUUACUUUUGUUAUAUAUAGAGAAUGCUUUCAAGUUCCUGGAACUUAGCCUCAGGAGAAAAAACUGUCUUAAAAGAACAUUUGAGCAAGAGUUUUCUUUUAUUAAUAAAUGGAAAUAUUUGCCAGUCAGAGAAGCAGGCUAUCUAGUCUUGCUUGAAAUUCAUCAUCUAUGACUUCAGUGAGUUACUUAUUUGUUGUACUAAAUUUUGACAACCUGUUCUCCUAAAUGACUGUUUCAUAGCUUCAUCUCUGUCAUAUCUCUGAUAUUUCCUCCCUCUCACCAGAAAAGAACUUUUCGAGAAGUUAUCACUACAUCUGUUGUUCUUUAUCCUUUUGUCUUUUAACUGUCAAUAUGUUGUCCUAGCCAGAGCCAACUGAAAAGCCUUUUUUCUUUCCUUUUAUAGCAAAAUCACUUUAGAAAUUUGUCUAUAUCAUUGUUUUUUGUUUGUCUCUACCACUCCUGUCACCCCAUUUUGUUUGGAUAUUCAUCUCCACCAUGCUGUAGGAAUUGAUCUUGAUGUUUCCAGCUACCUCUGCAAACUCAUUUAACCCGUGGGCACUUUACCACUGAGCAACAUCCCCAAUCCUUUUUAUUUUAUUUCAAAACAGUCUCACUAAGUUGCUAAGGCUGUCUUUGAACUUGCUAUCCUCUUGCCUCUGUUUCCUAAGCCACUGGGAUUACAGGCAUGCACCACCAGUUCAAAACUCAAAUUCUUACAUAUGUCUAGAGUUUCCAUGGAUAGCAGGGUUUGCUUUUUCCUAUGUCUGUGGACCUGCUUGUUUAUCCAUCUUUCUUUGAUUCCCUUUAGCUCUAGUACUACAGUACAAGAGAGAAGUGGUACUAGAAUGUCAUACUACUUGGGACAAGACAAGUUAAUGUUGGAGGAGUUGAGAAAGUUCAGGUCUCAACAAACAGGACAUGUGCCUGCAAUCCCAAGAUGGUCAUAAAAUAUAUCACUGGUAAAUCCAAUGUACUUCACCAUUACUUUUGUUCCUUAUUCAGAUACUUGCAUGGUUUGUUUGUUGCUAUCCAGCUCACAUUUCACACCAAAAUAAAAUUUCCUGUUCUUUGUCAUGAAUGAUACUUUACCUGCCAGUCCAGGUGUGCUUUCAUAAAGACAAGAUUGGGCAUUUUUUCUGUCUUGGUACCUUUAUGUAAGAGAAUAUAUUGAAGACAAAGCAGGAAUAAAUUAAAGCAGUCAAUCAAUACACUGGAUUUAAAAAAUACUCCUAUUUCCUUAUAAUAAAGAUUAAAAACCUCCAGUUGGAUUAGUUUGUCAAGUGCUAAAUGGAAAAUUUUAAAGGAAAACUUUAUAACCUGGAUGUGUUAUAGACAAAAAUAUAAAGGGCAAAGAAUCUCUUCAAAAUUGUAAGAAGUGAAACGGUUUUUGUUUUAGCAGUAAACUAGACAUUAAAGUCUACAGUUGGGUUGAAGGAAAGAAAUUACAAAUUAUUUUCUAUCCAACUAUAGUAUUUAAAUACAAGGGUAGUAAAGACAGUUUCAGAUGUACAAGACCUCAAGAUUUAUUGGACACUAGGAGGUAAAAAGUGAUGGGCCCAACCCUGUGAAAUGUGCUAGAAACAGCCUACCAUAUGCUUUAGGUGGACACAAUAUCUUUAUUUUUUACUUUUAUGUGGUGGUGAGGAUUGAAUUCUGUGCCUCAUGCAUGCCAGGUGAGCGCUUCCACUUGAGCCACAUCCCCACCCCCAAAAUAUACUAUUCUUAAAUAGCAGUACUUUAGGCAAAGCAGAGUUGUAGCUGAGGACCAGUGGAAACUGGAUAAAUUUCAAGCAGGUAGCUGUCGUCACUGAAGAGUUAGCCUAUGCUUUUAGAAUUAGGGCUGCUGUUGUCAAGAACUAGCUUUUGCACCAUUUCCUUUACACAAAGGUACCUGUGACCACCUUGCUUGCAACAUGCAUCCUUUUCUGAAUAGUUCGAAGUACUUUUCUGGCUGUCAAAGGUGCUUAAAAAGUUUUUGUAAACAUUCCAUAAUAUACGGAGUAGUGGUUAAGUCCUGACUGGCUGGCAAUUCUGUAAAAUGAGAAUGUGGAGUUGAAGUGGUAUCAUUAAAAAGACAUUAAAUUUGAUAAUAAAGUUUGCCUGAAUUUAGGACAGAAGUAAAUGAUACAAGUUAAUGCAACGUCUGCCAUUCAGAGCUCAACAAAUUAAAAGUAUCACUACUUCUGUGUAUGUUAUUAAGAAUAAUUUGAUAAUAAGUAAACUACCAAAGAAAUAGUACUCAAGCAGAAAAGCAACAUUUCAAACCAUAAAAACAUUGUAGUAUUACUGUCCAAAUGCCAGAUAUUCUUCAUUCCUUGAGCAAAGAUGUGAGGUAUUUUUCUGAAAGGAAAAGAAUACUCUUUUGCCCUAGUCACCAUUUCUUUUGUAAAUACUGCAAUUGUGAAGCAUCUUCUUGGCUUGUAGGACCCCAAAAAGGUUUGGCUUGAACAUAUCAACUGAGGAGAGUAAUUGUAGUAGGAUGAGUUAAGAAGAUUUUGACAUUCACCUGGAACUUUUGGGGGAGGAGAGACUCAAUCAACUUUUAUGGCAAGUAUUAGGGAAAUAAUCAGAUUUGGUGUUCAGAAACCUGAGUUUCAGUUAUUGCUCUGUUCAAUGUUAACAGUCUAAGUCAUUUUCCUUAUAUUUAUAAUGAAGUUGAUAAUGAGCUUCAUUUCAAGUUUUUUGUUUUUUCCAUGUCAAAUAAGAGGAUGUGCAAAUGCACUCUAUUUUUUGUGUGCAUUGCUUCAGUGGAGUGAUGAGACCCUGCUUUAUUUAAGCAAGUGUCUGACCUAAGAAGGAAGUGUUUAAAUAUCAAUGAAGGCUUUCGUAGAAGAGUUAAACCUGUCUUUUGGGGUCAUUUAAAAAGGGGGAAAAAAAGAAAUUUAAUUGCACAUGACAACACAAGUUAUGUUCUUUGUAGAUCUCACAUCUGUCUUUAACUGAUCUUUCAUGUUUGUAGACACAAGAUCUUACAAAUCAGAAGUGUAAAUCCCAAGAGGCAAUUUUGUGGUUUCUUUUGGAAAUAGCUCAGUGGCAGAGUGUUGCCUGCUUAGCUGGCCAGGUUCCGUGGUGCAUGUCUGUAAGCCCAGAGGCUAGGAAGCUGAGGGAGGAUUCCAGUUUUGAAGCCAGCCUCAUCAAUUUAGCAAGGCUAUAAAUAACCUAGUGGGACCUCAUCUAAAAGUAAGAUUAAAAAGACUGGGGAUGUGACUUAGUAGUUAAGCACAGUUGGGUUUGAUCCCUGGUGCCAAAAUAAUACACCUAGCUUGCAGGAGACCUGUGAACUAACCACUCACUCACCCUUGAAAGUAGAAAGUGAGUGAGCUUUAGAAUUGGUUCUGGGAUCAAAGACAUUCUGUUAACUGUGUGACAUUUGGGAAAUCAGCCAAUCUCUGAGCUGUAGUUCCCUUGUCUACAAAAUGGGGAAACAGAAUUACAAUAAUAUCAGAUAUACAAUACAAUAGGUUUCAAAUUGACUUAAGCAUAGGCAGGGAAAGGAAGUUAAUCUCUAGAUCAGUAUAGAACAGCUCAUCAAUGCCUCUGGAGUACAUGAGAUCAAAGCUUUUCAUAGUAGCCCUAUUUGCUGUUUGUCAUUGUCACAAGUAUACAGAGUAUUUGUUUUCAGCUGCAUGAUAAGUAUUAUUCAAUACAGUCCUCAUAAAAGUGCUCUCAGGCCUUAAGUAGUUUUUUAAAAAUGUGAAAGUGUAAAGAGAUCAAAAGUUAGAAAACUGCUGGUGUGGAGGAUAUACUACCUCUAAUGUUCCACAUUGUUUACUCUCCAUUCUCUAUUGUGAAGAUCUAUCUGCCAUCCGUAUAUUCAGUUGUCAAUGUGUAUCUACCAUAUCUUUUUAAUUCCCUUUUAGUGCAUAGAAUGAUUUCUCUAGUCCAGUUUCACUAAAUUUUGCUAUGGGGCUUUUCACAGUGGCUAUAUGAAUUUAUACUCCCAUCAGCAUUACUUGUUUCCUCACAUCUUGUCAGUACUAUAAUUUUUGCCAUUCUGAGUUUUGUAAAGUGGCAUCUUAUUUAUAUUUUUCAUUUCCUCCAAUUGUUUUUCAUCUUCUGUUUUUCUUUUGGUUAGUCUUCAUGUAUUUCUUCCUGUCAUUAAACUUUCUAAGAUUGGCCUCUAGUUCUCUUAAGUCUUUCCUCUAUAUCAUAUUUGAUUCCUGCUUUCACCUUAACUUUGUUAUUUCCUUGUGUUCUAUUAAAAUAAGCAACACUUAUCGUAAACACUUAUUUGUUUUCAGUGUUUAUUAUUUCUGAUAAAGUAUUUAAAGAUAACGUAAUUCUCUUUAAUUACUUUUAAACAUAUCCUGUAAAUUUUGACUGGCAGUAUUUUCAUUACUACUAAGUGAUUAUAUAACUUCUUUUAAUGGUUUCUUCUUAAACCAAGGAUUUAUUUCUGAGAUAUUUAGUUGGCAGGUGUAUGAAUUUUACAGUUGCCUCUUAUUUGCCUUCUUUUUGCAUUGCAUUAUGCUCAGAGAACAUGAUUGGCAUAAUGUUGAUUUUUUUUUUUUUUUAGACUAUAUUGCUGUUUUCUUUAUGGCCUGAUAAGUGGUCAAUUUUGUGAAUGUCUGCAUUUGCACUUGAAUGUAUAGUUUCUUAGUAUUGAGUGUAAAUUUCUCUACAAAUUGGUAUGUUUUCCCCUUUAAUAAAUGUCUAUAUUUAA